AUGAAAGGAUUAUUUGAUUUGUUUGGUCCAUUACAAAUUGUUAAUGGCGAAGUAACUCUUCGAAAUGUGACAUGGGCUGAUGACUAUUCUCUUUUGUUUCUCGACAAUCCCGUGGGUGGGUUCAGUUUCACAGACGAUGACCUCGGAUAUCCUAAUAAUACGGAAGAUAUUGGCGCUAAAAUAUACGAAUUUCUGCAACAGUUUCUUCUUAUGUUUCCGGAGCUUCUUAAAGCUCCAUUAUUUAUUGGAAGCGAGUCGUAUGGCGGUAAAUAUGUGCCUGCCCUGGCUAUACCUACAAGUUCA